UAAAAUAUACUCACCCUAAAGUCUUCAAAAGUUGAUUCCACUAAUAAAGUCAAUACCUGUAUUAAGAAAUCCAACUCUUAAUAACAAAUUACAAAAUAGUUUGGUGCCUAUCCAUUAGACUAUAAAGCUUUACAACCUCCAAAAAUUCAACAUUUCAUAUUUCAUGUUGACAAAAAUAUAUACUAAUUUUCUCGUUCUAAUUUAUGUGACGAUAUUUUAUUAUACUUGAAGCUGCAAAAGUUUAUACUACUACUAUCUCAUGUAUACCAAUCAGCUUUGCAAUUUGUUUGAUAUCAAUUAAUCAAUGUUUCAUAAUCAAUCAAACUCCUUCUUCUUCUACUAUUUUUUUGUGUCUCUGUUUUUCUCCUUUGUUAGAUCCAGUGCAAAAAAUGAUUCUUCCUCCUAUGCAUUUUGUCCUAAAUCAACCUGCAAUGGAGUUGAAAUUUCAUAUCCUUUCUGGAGACUUGAUAAUUACAACACCAGCGCUCCUCAGUACUGUGGUUAUCCAGGAUUUGGAAUCAAUUGCUCAAAAAAUCAACCGCUUCCGAUUAUUUACCUUCCCAGCGAUGCUUUCUACGUCAAAAGUAUAGAUUAUAAAAGCUAUUCUCUCGCUCUAGUGGACGCUGAUGUUUUCAACGUGAAAUGCCCUAGAGCACGUCACAACCUUACAUUGGAGAAAUUGCCGUUGAAGUUUUCCGAUUCCGCUUUGGAACUUACCUUCUAUUUCAAUUGUACGAAAAAUCCAGCUGAUGCUCUUCCCGCAGAAUGCUUGAAAUCAGGUACGUAUUUCUACGUUGGGGAAACUGAGCCGGACGAUUUGAACUGGUUUGGGAUUUGUGAGGAGAAAGUGGUGACGACGGUUACGAAGAGGAGAAGCUUCCAGAAUAAUGAUUGGAUCGAAGGAUUUGGUGCUGCCAUGGGAGAGGGUUUCGUGCUGGACUGGCGGAGCGCGUCGGAGUGCGGCCAGUGUGAGAAAUCAGACGGGAGGUGCGGUUAUAACAAUUCAACCCAUAACCUCUUGUGCUAUUGCCAAGAUGGUACCGUUAAGUUUAAACAUUGCAAAGAUCAGUCAUUUAUAUCAUUCUGGGGACCGAAGUUUGGGAGUUGUGAGUUAAACGUCGCAGUUCCUGUGUUGCUAUCAGCAUUUAAUCGGUUCCAAGACCAAGGAAGUACGAAAAUAUUGGAGCUAGUGAAGCAAGGGUUUGAUGUGGUUUACAACAAAAGCCCAGUAUGUAUGGCUUGUGAGAAAUCAGGGGGGUUAUGUUGGUCAGAAACAGAUUAUGCAGAGCCAACUUGCCUUUGUCAGGACCGAACUUAUCCUUAUUACUGCGGUUUUGUAGGGGAACAAGGCGAUAAAAGAGAUAUCAGAGUGAAGGUUGCUGUAGGUGUAACUGCAGCUGCAUUCACUGCCAUUGUGGCAUGUGUAAUUUUCUUUCUCUAUUAUCGUCGACAGAAGAAAAGUCAUGCUGGUUCGUCUUUGAUAUCCAGAAGUAUCCUUUCCUAUCCCUCCUCAACUGUGGACCCUGAAAAGGCUUCGAACUAUUUCGGAGUUCAUGUCUUCGACUACAGUGAACUGGAAGAAGCCACAAACAAUUUUGAUUCCAGCAAAGAGCUAGGAGAAGGUGGAUUUGGCACAGUAUAUAAAGGUAAACUUCGAGAUGGGCGUGUUGUUGCUGUAAAACGUUUAUAUGAGAACAACUACAAGAGGGUUGAGCAAUUCCGAAAUGAAAUUGAAAUCCUCACUCGUUUGCGCCAUCGAAAUCUAGUUACCCUUUACGGAUGCACAUCUCGCCAUGGCCGUGAGCUUCUUCUUGUGUAUGAAUAUAUUUCCAAUGGUACUGUUGCUGAUCAUCUUCAUGGAGAAUUCUCAAAGCCUGGAUCACUUUCAUGGAAUACACGAAUGAGCAUUUCCAUAGAAACGGCAAGCGCACUAGCCUUUCUCCAUAAUUCAGAAGUCAUUCACCGAGAUGUUAAAACUAACAAUAUCCUCCUAGACAGUAACUUCUGCGUCAAAGUAGCUGAUUUUGGUUUGUCUCGGCUUUUUCCUACUGAUGUUACACAUGUCUCAACAGCUCCACAGGGUACCCCCGGAUAUGUUGAUCCCCAGUAUCACGAAUGCUAUCAACUCACCAGUAAAAGUGAUGUUUAUAGUUUCGGGGUGGUAUUAAUCGAGCUUAUAUCCUCUCUGCCAGCUGUUGAUAUCUGUAGGCAUCGACAGGAAAUAAAUCUAUCAAAUAUGGCAAUUAACAAGAUUCAGAGCAACACAUUACAUGAGCUGGUUGAUUCAAAUCUUGGUUUUGACUCCAAUGACAUGGUAAAGUUGAUGAUCACUGCUGUGGCAGAGUUGGCUUUCCAGUGUCUUCAGAACGACAGGGAUUUAAGACCAUCCAUGCCAGAGGUUUUGGAAGCUCUACUGGGAAUUCAGAGUAUGGAUAAAACAGCAACAGAAAUAGGGAAGCCAAGUCGCGGUGAUGAUGCUGGAUUGUUGAACAAUCACGCAUUAUCUCUCUCACCCGAUUCAGUAAUUUCAAAAUGGACUAGCAGUAGCAGUUCAACAACACAUGCUUCCAGUAUUGGCUAAGUUAAAGUCCUCAGUUUGUCUAGUUUGUGGUUUUCUUGAUAGUGAUUCUUCAGCCACCUGCUCAAUUGGUUGCUGAAAGCUGAAUUUUAGUGUCUUUCCCUUGAGUACUUUGGACCUUUUUUCUAUCUUAAAGAGGCUGUACAUAUCUCGUAUGCAGCAAUUUAAAUUUAACAGUACUAAUUCAAUUCAUUUCUUAAAUUCUUUAGUUAAAUUGUGUAGAUACUUGUUUAAUUUAUCAUCUU